AUGGCCAUCGGACGAAUGAACAAUCCCGCGGGCCUGGCAUCGACGGCAUCUCUAGUUAUUGUCGCUGCCUUGUGUAGUGCUGCUCAGGCUCACGACCAUCAUGGCGUCCAAAAAAAUAUUCCAGAGGGCGAGACCGCCACCAAGGAGCCUCUGGAUUCAAUUACAUGGAUUCAUAUCUUUAUUCAAAUGCUUGCCUAUGGUGUCAUUUUCCCCAUUGGCAUGGUCUUUGGUAUGACGAAAUCACGGUGGCACGUCCCGACCCAGGCCGUUGGUUCCUCCCUGGCCUUGCUCGGUUUCUUCCUCGGUCACGCCCACGGCGGCCGCCAAUAUGUCGCCAACAACGUUCACUCGGUAUUCGCCAACAUUCUUCAGCUGCUCCUCGUCGCCCAGGUCGUGCUCGGCCUUUACCUUAAGGGCCACUGGGAGCGCGGCAUUAACGGCCGCAUCCGCCUCCUCAUUCGACCCUUUCACUCCGUCAUCGGCAAGGCCAUGCCCCUGCUCGCCUGGGUCCAGAUGAUCUUUGGCGGCAUCACGACCCUCGGCUUCUGCCAGGGCGAUCACCUGGGUCAGUGCGCUGCCCACUUCAUCAUGGGAGGCGCUUUCAUCGCCUACGGUAUCCUCCUGACCAUUAUUCUUCUUGCCGGGCAGGUAUGGAUGCGUCGCACCGGCCGCUCGCAAGAAUUUUUCGACAGCUCCGUAAUUGCCGUUUGGGGCUGCAUCAACACCUUUACCGAGCACCGCUGGGGCACCGCUUGGGUCAAAAAUGAUUGGCAGCACACCACCAUGGGCAUUGUCUGGUGGUGCGCCGGCCUGGCUGGCAUCUGGCUGAGCCGCGACCGUGACGGGAAUCCCAAACGUAACUUUAUUCCCGCCUUUGUCAUUUUCAUCACUGGUUGGGCCAUGUCUGCGCAUCCCCAGGAGCUCAUGGUCAGCGCCAUGACGCACGCCAUGUUUGGCAAGACGCUGAUGGCUGUCGGUGUCACCCGUGUUAUUGAAAUCGCAUUUGUCCUCAAGGACAAGCAGUCCCUCCACGAGAGCGGCCGCACUUGGAACAGCUUCCAGUACAUUCCCGUCUUCCUCAUGUACGCUGCUGGCUUCCUUUUUAUGGGCGCUACCGAGGAGCAAAUGAACCUGGUCGACUCUAGUGCCAUGGAUGGCGUUUCUUACACACUCAUUCUCUACUCCCUAGCCUUCAUGGUGUUUCUUUUCGCAAACAUGCUCAUUCAUCUCUACGACCGCCUCUCGCCCAAGGAAGAGGGCGACAAGUACAGCAACGGUCACAUUCGCCUCAAUGGUGACGCCCACGAGGAGAGCCGUUUGCGCGACGUCGAGGAGUUUGAACUUGAGGGCCUCAGUGAUGAAGACCACGAUGAGAGCCGGCGUAUGCUGAACCAAGCCGAUAGAUCGAGUAGCGACACGCCGAGCACGCUUGGUCGCAAUAACCACACUUCGGCUCACUGA